AUGACAGGGUCUUGUAAGAGCACGUUUUACGUGACACUAGUGAGAUCGGCGAAGGAUCUGAGCGAGGCGCGCGCCAUUCACGCUUGCAUCCAGCGGCAUCUCGUUAACCCACACCAGCAUACUUAUCUCUCCAAUCUUUUGAUCCAGAUGUAUUCUCGAUGUGGGAGCCUGGAGGAGGCCCGUCGCGUCUUUAAUUCGAUUCACAAGCCUAAUGCUGUCUCCUGGAACCUGAUUAUUUCUGCAUAUGCCCAUUGCGGGAACGUUUUGCUAGCAAAGUCACUGUUUCAAGUAAUGCCAUGUCGCAGCGAGAUUUCCUGGACAAUGAUCGUUGGGGUCUUGGCACAAUCUGGGGAUAUAGAUGCUGCAGAGUAUUUUCUGGGGAAAAUGCCAGAGACCAAUGUAAUCUCUUGGACGUCUCUUCUUUGCGCAUAUGCCCAAGACGGGCAUGUCCAAGAUGCGAGCCAAAUCUUUACAAGCAUGCCGGAGAGAAAUGUGGUGUCUUGGAACGCGAUGAUCACUGCAUACACCCAGCUUGGAAUGAUAGAUAACGCCCUCGAGGUGUUGAGCAGGAUGUCAGAAACUAUUGUGAACUCCUGGAACACGAUGCUUGCUGGAUAUGCUCAAAGAGGGCAGCUCCAGGCAGCCAUGGAUCUGUUCCAGGCCAUCCCAGAGCCGGACGUUGUGUCAUGGAACUCCCUCAUCGCCGCGGCAGCUCGCAGUGGUAACCUCGCAAGAUCCAAGAGCCUGUUUGAGUCGAUGCCUGUAAGAGACCGAGUGUCAUGGAACACGGUAAUCACGGCUUACGCUCAUGCCGGAGGGACGCAAGAGGUAGAGAACCUCUUCUCUCAAAUCCCCGUAUGGGAUCCAGUUACUUGGACGUCGAUGAUGAUUUGCUACGCCCAAUCCCCAGGGACACUCGACCGCGCCACACAAAUGUUUUGCUCCAUGCCCAAUCGAGAUCUUGUGUCGUGCGAUGCAAUGGUGGCAGCCUUUGGCCUCAAUGGCCAUACAGAACAAGCCAAGAAAGUCUUUGAUCGAAUGCCAAAGUGGAGCACUCUCUCCUGGAACUCCAUGAUCGCAGUGAAUGCUAACCAAGGGCAUGUCGACGAGGCAGUGGCCGCGUUUGAGAGCAUGCCCGAGACGAAUGUGGUGUCCUGGAACACGCUGAUUGCAGUGCACGCACAGAGCAGCGUCCGCCAAGCCCGGCUUUUAUUCGAUAUAAUGCCGAAACGAGACGAGUGGUCCUGGAACGCGAUGCUCACGGCUCUGGCCAACGCGGGGCUUGCCGGACAAACAAUUACACUCUUCCAAUCCAUGGAGCUCGAGGGCCUCUGUCCGCGAGGGGUCUCGUUUGUGAGCUUGCUCACGGCAUGUAGUCAGCUUGGUGGACUCUGGCGAGUUUGCCACUACUUGAGAUCCAUGCAGCAGGACUAUGGGAUUCUUCCCGGGCAAGAGCACUACUGCUGCGUGGUUGACAGCUUUGGACGCGCGGGGCAUCUAGAGUGCGCUUGGGAUGUUCUUGACGCCAUGCCUUUCCAGGCCGAGACACAGAUAUGGGUGGCAUUUGCAAAUGCUUGCAAGAUUCACCACGACACCAAGCGAUGGCAGUCAGCAGCAAAUGAAAUGGAUCCAAACCGCGGCUCUUCGUCCAGAGUCUCACCCUUGCGAGAUCAUUUUCAGCAGCCUGUUAAGCUCGUUAUCCGGACUGGGAGGCAAGGCGUUUCGAAGCGCUUGGAGUCAUUGGUCAUCCAAUUUAGCAGCUUGAGAUACCAUGGAAGCAACCUCCUUGUUUUCGCAGAUGCAAAGCAAGAGUGCCACCGCAGACUGUUGGAUGUCAAGGCUGCUUUCCCAGGUACUUCAUACUUUGUGCAGCGGUACUUCAGAUUCUGUAGCCAAGUAGCAGGGUCGUUGUAG